AUGGACGUCAUCCUCGCAGAAGUCGAGGAUGAGAUUGCAGGUAUGAUGUGCGACUCCUAUGGCAAUUAUCUUUGCAGUGCUGCGUUUCAAGCAUGCUCUCCAAGGCAGAGGAAGCGAAUCCUUGAGAAGCUCUCGCCGCAAGUUGCCGGCAUUGCCUGCGACAAACGUGGGACUCAUGCUUUGCAGGCACUCAUUGGCCUGCUCCAGCUGGAGGAGGAACAGCAGCAAUUGAUGAAUGCUAUCAAGAGCCGCGUCAUCGAGCUCAGCAUGGAUCCAAAUGGCACCCAUGUGGUCCAGCGGCUGCUUUGCUGCUUCUUCCCUUCUGUUGUGGAUUGGAUCUACAUCGCUAUUCACGACCGAAUGAUCGAGGUGGCACAUCAUCCAUACGGGCUGUGUGUCUUGAAGAAGUGCAUAUCGCAGGCGAAGGCACCUGGAAAACACCAGGACAUGCUGUUGAAGCAGCUAGCUCGCCAUGCAAUGGAUCUGGUGCAGAGUCCAUAUGGCAACUAUGCGAUCCAGCAUGCUCUGGAGGAGUGGGGUGGGAGCUGCUGCCAGCCAGUUCUGCACAAGCUGGAGGGCCGGAUGAUGCAAUUGAGCAUUCAGAAGUUUUCCUCAAACGUGGUCGAAAAACUUUUUUGCUCUGCACCCGCAGAGUUCCGGAACCGCUUCAUUGCAGAGCUCGUGGAAAGUGAGAAGAUGUCGGUGUUGGUGAACAGCAACUAUGGGCACUACGUUGCCAAGCGUGCGCUGCAGAUGGCGACUCCAGAGCAAAGCCGCGCACUCCUUGAGGCAAUCAAAGCUAACCUGUCCAUAUUGCCAAACCGUCGAUUGCGAGUGAAAUGGGAGAAGGUGAUGAGUGGGCAAGGGGAUUUUGACGAUGACCUUCAAGAUGCAGUGAGCUGGCCCUAG